GUCGACGAGGAAGGAAAUACGCCCUUCCAUCUUGCGACACUUUUCAAUCAGCUGGAGAUAAUGGAACUAUUGUUAUCGCGAGGCGCAAACGUCAAUGCUGUCAAUAACAACAAACAUAGUGCUUUGCAUAUAGCCGCGGAGAAAGGUCACCGCGAAGUUUGUCCCCUCCUUCGAAACGCCGGUGCUUCAUUGCAUGUGGUCGACGAGGAUGGAAAUAUGCCCCAUCAUCUUGCGACACUCUUUAAUCAGCGGGAAAUAAUAAUAUAUCUAGUGACAUCGCAAGGCGCAAACGUCAAUGCCGUCAAUAACAACAGACAUAGCGCUUUGCAUAUGGCCGCGAAAAAAGGUCACAGCGGGAUUUGCACUCUCCUUCUGGACGUCUGUGCUUUAUUACAUGUGGUCGACAAGGAAGGAAAUACACCCCUCCAUCUUGCGACACUCUUCAAUCAGCCGGAGAUAACGGAACUACUGUUAUCGCGAGGCGCAGCCGUCAAUGCCGUCAAUAACAUAAGACAUAGUGCUUUGCAUGUGGCCGCAAUAAAAGGUCACCACGAAAUUUGCAUCCUCCUUCUGACCGCAGGUGCUUCAUUAGAUGCGGUUGACGAAGACGGAAAUACGCCCCUCCAUUUAGCCUCAUUCUUCAAUCAUCCGGAGAUAACGGAACUAUUGUUAUCGCAAGGCGCGGCCGUUAAUGCCGUCAAUAACGACAGACUUAGUGCUUUUGCUAUGGCCGCAAUAAAAGAUCACCGCGAAAUUUGCACCCUCCUUUUGGACGCCGGUGCUUCGUAGCGUGUGGUCAACGAGGAAGGACCCUGCUGAAAAUGUUCGAUUAAAACCGAUUAAAACGUAAUCCGUUUUAAUCGAUUUUAAUCGGUUUUAAUCGGUU